AUGAAAGAACUUUCAUCUGCAAUUAUUUUGAUUAGCUGUGCAUCUCUUGUCGAUGGUUCACCAUCUUCAUCAUCUUCAUCAUCUUCAUCAUCAAAUACAACAGUUGAUCGACCUCAUUUUCCGAUUGUUCAAGUUACAUUUGAACAUGUUUCCAAUGUAUUUGGCAUAUGCCUUUGGAUUCUACUUGGUAUUUUAGCUAAAAUUGUAUUUCAUUUAUCACAUCGUUUAACAAAAAAGUUUCCUGAAAAUUGUCUGCUGAUUAUUUUGGGCAUUAUUGUUGGUAUUCUUUUAUAUGUAACACAUCUUGAAGAAGAAAAACGAAUUUACAUACUCAAUAGUGAUAUGUUUUUUUUAUUUUUACUACCACCGAUUGUUCUUGAAACAGGCUAUUUUUUACCUAAACGAGCUUUUUUUGAUAAUAUUGGAACAAUACUUUUAUUGGCGGUACUCAAUAAAAUUUUUAAUACAAUGUGUAUUGGUUUAACAAUAUGGGCAUUCGGAAAAACAAUGUUCUAUGGUGGUACAGAUUUUGCAUUACUUGAAUGUCUUCUUUUUGCGUCAUUUAUUACUGCUGUUGAUCCAAUAGCUGUAUUAGCAACGUUUGUGGAAAUUCGUGUGAAUGAUACAUUAUAUAUUGUUGUCUUUGGAGAAUCCCUUUUCAAUGAUGCUGUUUCCAUUGUACUCUAUCGAAUGUUCGCAAGUUUUCUAACUAUUGGCCAAAACAAUUUAACUGCAGACGAUUUUAUUCUUGGCUUUGUAUCUUUUUUUGUUGUAACUAUUGGUGGUGUUCUUAUUGGUAUUGCUUUUGGUUUUAUGGCUGUUUUUAUGACAAAAUUUACCGAACGAACACCAGUACUUGAACCACUCAUUGUAUUUGUUUAUGCGUAUAUCGCUUAUAUCAUUGCUGAAAUGACUGGACUAUCUGGCAUUCUAGCCAUAACGAUAUGUGGAAUGAUGGUAAAACAAUAUGUUGAAUAUAAUAUAACAAAAAAAUCGAUGGCAACUAUUGAAUAUGUUCUUAAAAUGGCUUCAACUGUAAUGGAAACAAUUAUAUUUAUGUUUAUGGGUUUAACUACUGUAUCUGAACAGCAAACAUGGAAUACAGGUUUUGUUAUUGUUACUCUACUAUCGUGCCUAAUAUAUCGAGCUAUUGGUGUUGCUAUAUUUGCUAAUCUGGCUAAUCUUCGACGUCUACUUGAAUUGACACGAAUUGAUAUGUUAAUUAUGUCUUAUGGUGGUCUUCGUGGUGCACUUGCAUUUGCACUUGCACUUGUCUUAGAUGAAAGAUUAGUACCGAGAAAAAAAGAAUUUAUAACAGCCGCUACUGUUGUUGUUCUAUUCACUGUUUUUGUACAAGGUACAACAUUGGGCCCGUUAGUUAAAUUACUUAAUGUACGGCGAAAACAAAUCGAAGAGCCAACAAUGAGUGCAACGUUAACCAAUCGUAUGAUGGAUCAUGUUAUGACUUGUCUUGAAGAUAUUGCAGGUAUAACUGGUGCAAAUUCUCUUCGUAAUAAAUAUAGUAAAUUUGAUCAAAAUUACAUGAAAAAAUGGCUAUUACGUGAACAACCCGAAGAAAAACUUGAUUUACGUUUAUGGCAAACAUUUCGUAAUAUUGAUUUGCAAACAGCUAUUAAAUUACACGAAGAACAGCCGGCUACAAAACCCACAACAACAAGUCAAUCACAGGCUCAAAUUCCAGUUAUUGAAUUUUCGCCGUCUAGUAGUCGGCACACAAGCGUUUCAUCGAUUGUUAUAAAUAAACAUGGAGAUGCUGCAAGAUUGUCAUCAUCAGAUUCACCAUUAUUAUCAUUAACAAAACCUGCUGACAUAAAAAAUUUUCUUCAAUCCAAAAUGUUUGAUGUCCAUCGACGAGCAACAAUUCAUGUACGAAGUCAAGAUGAAAUAGAAAGAGACGAAGAUCUUGAUUCGACUAUAAUACAUAUUCUACAACCAUCAUCGAUGUUUGAAUCGCGGAACUCGGCGACAGAGCAACCAGUGGAAAGUUCAACAAGACAAAGAAAAAAUCGAAAUGCUUCAACAGCAGCAAUUCAAUCAUCAUCGGAAGAUGGAGAAAAAAGCCGUUUUUAA